UUGACGUCACCCGCACCGGUGGAGCCCCCACAGGUUGUGCUGGGGGCACUGCGGGCGGUUCCUGGGCCAGUUCCUGGUUUAUACUGGUCCGUACUGGUUUAUACUGGUCUCACCGGAUGUCAUCCUCGUUGGCGAAGAGGACGACACCGCGGGCGGCGGGUGCUGGAGGCGGCGGCCCUGGCCAACCUCUCGGGUCACUUCUCCUGGGUGGGCUCCGACAGUUGGGGGGCCAAGAUGGCGCCGGUGCAGGGGCUGGAGGCGGCCGCCCGCGGCGCCAUCACCAUCCUCCCCAAGCGCGCCUCCGUCCCCGGCUUCGACGAGUACUUCACCUCCCGCUCGCUGGAGAACAACCGCCGCAACCUCUGGUUCCACGAGUUCUGGGAGGACGAUUUCAACUGCCGCCUGCCCCACAGCGAGCCCCACGGCGAGCCCCACGGCGGCCCCGGCUCACCCGUCCGCAAGUGCACAGGCCGGGAGCGGAUUGGUCGGGACUCGCCUUAUGAGCAGGAGGGGAAGGUGCAGUUUGUCAUCGACGCGGUGCUGGCCAUGGCCCACGGCCUCCACAGCCUCCUGGGGGAGGCCUGUCCGGGGGGGGGGCUCUGCGCUCGCAUGGACCCCCCUGACGGCCGCCGCCUCCUCGCCCACAUCCGCCGUGUCGCCUUUAAUGGCAGCGCGGGGACGCCGGUGACCUUCAACGAGAACGGGGACGCCCCGGGGCGCUACGACAUCUUCCAGUUCCAGGGCGGCAACGGCAGCGGCACCUACCGGGCCGUGGGGCAGUGGGUGCAGGGGCUGCGCCUGCGGGCCGAGGAGAUGGACUGGGGGGCCAACACCACGGCCCCUCCCCCGUCGGUGUGCAGCCUCCCCUGCGGGCCAGGAGAAAGGAAGAAACCGGUGAAAGGCGUCCCCUGCUGCUGGCACUGCGAGCUCUGCGGCGGUUACCGGUACCGCGCCGACCCCCUCACCUGCCUGCCCUGCCCCGCCCACCUCCGCCCCACCCCCAACCGCACCGCCUGCCGCCCCACCCCCGUCCUCCGCCUCCGCUGGGGCGAUCCGUUGGCCGCCGUCCCGUUGGCUUUGGCCACCUUGGGUUUGACGGCCACGGCGGUCGUCCUGGUCACCUUCGUCAAACAUCACGAGACGCCCAUCGUUAAGGCCUCGGGGCGGGAGCUGAGUUACGUCCUGUUGGCCGGCAUCGCUUUGGUUUACGCCAUCACCUUCAUCAUGGUGGCCGAACCCGGCGUGGGCGUCUGCGCCCUCCGGCGCCUCUUCUUGGGCUUGGGGAUGAGCCUCACCUACGCCGCGCUCCUCACCAAAACCAACAGGAUCUACAGGAUCUUCGAGCAGGGCAAACGCUCGGUGACCCCGCCCCGUUUCAUCAGCCCCGCCUCCCAACUCUUCAUCACCUUCGCCUUGAGCGGUCUUCAACUCUUGGCGUCGGCCCUUUGGCUUCUCCUCCGGCCCCCGCACGCCCUCGUCGACUACGAGAUGGGCCGGACGGCGGAUCCCGAAGACGCCCGCGGCGUUCUCCGGUGCGACAUGGCGGAAGGCGGCACCUUGGCGGGUCUGGCGUACGCGCUUCUCCUCAUGGUGACGUGCACCGUCUACGCCGUCAAAGCUCGCGGCGUCCCCGAAGCCUUUAACGAAGCCAAACCCAUCGGGUUCGCCAUGUACACCACCUGCGUCGUCUGGGUGGCCUUCGGCCCCAUCUUCUUCGGCGCCGCCCAGUCGGCCGAGAGGGUGCACGUGCAGACGGCGACGCUGACGCUCUCCAUGAGCCUCUCGGCCUCCGUCCCCCUGGGGCUGCUCUACGCCCCCAAAGUCUACGUCAUCCUCCUGCACCCCGAGCGCAACCAGACCCGCCGGCCACGCCCCGACCCCGCCCCAUAGCGCCGCCACGCCCUCAGGGCGGGGCAGGGCGGGGCCAACAGCCCCCCUGCCCCGCCCGCUGUUGUAAUACAGUCGCGUCUGCAAA